ACAUUCCUACCAUUUGGUUCAAUCAAUGAUACGUUUCACUGCACAUCUUAUUGAUGAAGAUUUAGUGUUAUUUGCUGAUUCACUUGUGUUGGUGUUAAAUUGCUGACUAUACUACCAUUAAGAAAAAUUAAUAUUACAUCGACUUAAAUUGUGUCUAAAUAUCCACUUCUGUACAUCUACCGGGUAAACUUUGGCAAACAUGCCCAUUCUUCGAACCACAUGUUCCUCUACCCCGAAAACUCACGAGGCUGCAGUGGGUUCGAAUGAUAAAAGUUUUCAAGAAUACCAUCCGCCGGAUUUUUCAAGCCGCUCAGCGUCCAACAUUGGAAUAUACGAGUCCGGUUUUUUCACUAGCUCAUGUCGGUUUUCCGCCUGGGAAAACUGCCAAAAGUCCACCAAGCUUCUGACUUCUUCAGUUUCGUCGAUGAGCAAAAGAUCGCUAAGUUCAGUUAAUAAAGGAGCAUUGAAAGCGAGUUUUUCUACGUGUAGACUAUCGAAGAAAGGUGCAAAGGACGACCAACUAGAAACGAAAUUUGUGGUUAAUGCCCAUCGCAGCCAAUCAAUGGGAAAAUUUGACAAUUUGUUCAACAGAAACAAAAUAGGGAGGAUUCAGAAAAAGUUGUACUCGAAACUUGAUGGUAAAGGGGGCGGAAAGUACUCUACAGUCCACAUCGGAAAAACCAAUGAUCGGAAGUGGAUAAUGGAAUCAGAGAAUGAGGAUUCCUUUGACAGUCGAUGCACUAAAGCAUUGCGAAAAAUUAAAGAAGUAAAGCUGAAUCCCACCACAUCGAUUCAAUCAGUGCUGGACAGCUACUUGAAUCUAAACAGCACUGGAACUGUUGUAGAUGCCGAAGAUUUGACACUGACCUUCGCGGAAUCCGAAGGGGAAAGUAACGAAAAUGAGCGACUAGACCAAAUCUACAAGUCCGUGAAGCUGGCCAGAGAUAUUCAGUGCCUGAAGAUGGCCGAGGCGUCAAAGGUGCUUCAGGAGAUCCGGUUGCAAAAGGAGAAUAUUGACUGGGUGAAGAUUUUGAUUGCUGAAGCCUUACUAUUGCAGACAAGUGAAAAAGUGCAGUUGCUGAACGAGCAAAUAGUAGCCAACAACUUCUCCCUGCUGGACCCGCCGCUGCUCAGAAGCACGCUGCGUCUUUGCAACAUAAAAUUCCCCUUUCUAUCCACCUUUCGCGCUAAACCCAAGCUCAACAGGCAUUUUACAGACUUUUUCCUGCUCACUGUGGCACAUGACAAGCAAAUGCUGAUGUCUGAGUACAUCACCGGCGAGAUCAAUCCUCUGAAGUUCAAAAGGGAGUUUAGACUGUUUUCGGUCACUCCGGACUUUCGCAUUCGGAUCAAACUGUUUUGCUUGAAAAUGAGGACGUCUGAGGAGCUCUUUUGGGAGAAGCUUAACUGGGGGCUCUGUUCGACUUCCAAAAUCAUCUACCAAAACCACCUAACUCAUCAGUAUGAAGAGAAAACCGUGCUGCAGCCCUCUUUCAAACUGUGUGCCGAUGCGACUUUAACUAGUGAGCACAUCAACCAAUCUUCAGCAGCCCUAAAUUUGGACACCUACGUUUUCCAUAAGCUCGAGGGACUAGUUGAAUUUGACCUAAGUUGUGACUGUGUGAACAAGAACGUGAUGUUAUCAGGAUUUCUGGAUAUGGGGACCUUCAAAGGGGGGAGCAUUUUCUGGGACCGAAGAUGGUGCAUUCUGAGAGGCUGCAACAUAUGGCUUUACAACUACCCCCAAGAUGAACUCUGGGGAAAUUCAGUUGAUCGCAUCAAUCUGGAGUAUUGCGUUGGCCCUCUAGCUACUAAGGUUGAAAAUUGCUUGAGAAAGCGGUCGUUUCGGUUAAAAACCUAUCGAGCAACUGAUUUGAAUCAGGAAGACAAUUCGAUGCCAUCCCAUGAGUUGCGCACGUAUUACUUCUCAGCCCUUCAUUCCUCGGAUUAUAAGAAAUGGACAAUUGAGCUGGAAAGGCUCAUUGUGUCGCUGAAAGCCUUUAAAAAGUUGAAAAAUUAAUCGACCGAAGUAGUAAUAGAGACGACUUCAGUUUUACUUGCUGUAAAUAUGAACUAUGGAUUCACUUGCUAGGUCUUAACGCCUUUCUAUAGCUGAUCAACGAAUUAAGAGAGUUUUACCCUAUUUAUGUUUAAAAAUAUGUUUAGCUAAUUUUCUGUUAUGUUUUGUUGGGCCUGAUGACUCGUUUGUCACCCAUAUUCUAAGUCCUUAGGUAUGCUUAAUGCCAUUAAUAUUUACUUUUGUGUUAAAGUAUCAAGCGCUGUUUUACAAGUAAAUGGACUUAUUGGAA